GGCGGUCGGCGCAGCGGCCCGCGUCUUGCGUGGCCUUCUCUGCCCCUGGCGGCCGGGGCGGCAGCGCGCAGCAGCCCCACCCCGCCUGCCCCUAUUUUUCUGCUGCCGCCGGGCACCAAAGCGCCGGCCGCUUCAGCCGUGUUUUUUUUCCCGGCGGGCGCCAGCACUCUUCCGCCUUAUUGUUGUUGGGGGCAAUAGGCACGCAGCGGGCACGCCCGGCGCUGUGUUCUUGCUUGGGCAAUGAAUCGGCUUGCCGCGACUGCGCGCCGCUAAGCCGGCGGCACGCACCGCCCGGGAGGGCAGGCCUGCCAAGCCGAUGGCGCUGCCGGCCGGUAUGGCAACCGGCUAGCUUUGGGGGCCGAACUCGCUGUGGCUACUUGUUGUGUGGGACUUUACCUUGCUCUUUUUUUUGUCGCCCAACUGCCCGGACGAUUGCAAGAAGAAGGAGCGCAUUGGCCUCGUGAAGGCUCGAGGUAGCACGGGGGAGCGCUUUCCUUCCUUCGAGUGUUCGCGGCUUUCACUUCUUUGUCCUUGUGCGGCCAUUCUGGGGAGAGCAUGCAGGGACAUUGCAGGGCUGCUUGGGAUUGGCAGGAAGCACUGCUCGACCACCACGAGGGCAACUGAUAGAGCUCCUACAGAGAGAGG